GUGCACUGCAAGUGAACAGUAAGAAGGGAUAAGUUCAGAACCAUGCGGACUCUCGUGGUGCUUUGUGUCUGCUUGGGAAGUUUAAGUGUAAAAGCAGAAGCAUUGAAUGAACUGGGAAAGACGGCAGAGGGAAAUGAAGUUAUGGACUCAGAUUCACUCAUUGGUUUCUCGCCUGAGGCCGAUGUUUCCUCCGUGCAGCAACAAAUGGUGGAUUCAAGUCCAGAAUUAAGUGGAACAAACGAAACACAAAGAAAAAGGCACUUGAGGGCCACAGAUAAUACACAGUCAACUAUGGGGAGAAUCGAGGCUGUGUGGGUGGAGCUCAAUGCUGUGUUUGAGAGAUGGGCAGGAACAUCAGGAAAACUCAAUGCAAUCUUGAGGGACCUUACGGCUGAGAAAAAACACCUGUUGGACCGAGAUGAAGAGCAAAAAGUGAAGAAAGCUAAAGAGGAGGAGGAAGAAGAGGAUGAUGAUGACGAAGAAGAGGAGGAGGAAGAAGAGGAGGAGGAGGAAGAAGAGGAGGAAGGAGGAGAGGAAGCGGAAAAAGAGGAAGGAGAAGAAGAAGCAGAAAAGGAAGAAGAAGAAAAUGAGGCAACAAACAGCACCCUGAUCAAUAAUUCCACAGACGUGUCACCAGACGGUUGCCUACUGGAAGGAACACGACUGUCCUGCAAGCUCAUUGGCUUGUCUCACCUGCCCAUCAUAACAAACCUGGAAGUCACCAUACUUGAAGUGUCUGGGAAUAACUUAACAGAAAUUCCUCCCGGUGGUUUUGACGGACUUCCAAAUGUCGAAGAGCUCGACCUAAGUAUGAAUAUACUGGAAGACUCGUCUUUUGGCCCGAGUCUGUUCAUGAAUCUGACAAAUCUGAGACGUCUGAACUUGGAUGGCAAUGGACUUACAACAGUUCCACACUUGCCGUCUUCUCUGGUGGAGCUAAAGAUACACAACAAUAAAGUAAACCAGCUGGCCUCACACAGCUUCAAAGGCUUGACCAACCUACAAGUCUUAGAGCUGACAGGAAACAUCCUCCAUGAGGGCAGCGUUGCACCCUGGGCUUUCAGACCUCUUAAGGCACUAAAGUUCCUCCGAUUGGAUAAAAACCUAUUCAGUUCCAUCCCAGCAGGAUUGCCCCCAUCUUUAGAGGAAUUGUGGAUGCGGGAAAAUCAGAUUGUGGAGGUGCAGGAUAGGCUUUUACAUAAAUGUGUCAAUUUAAGGGUGCUUGAUCUCAGUCACAAUCAUCUGAGAGAGAACAAUAUCUACCCCAAGGCCUGGAUCAACCUGCCGAAGCUUGAAGUUCUUGACUUGUCCCACAACCAGAUGUCCGUAGUGCCCUCGCACCUGCCCAGGGCCUUGCGUCAACUCUCUCUCCAGCACAACCACAUUCACGCCAUUCCGCCGCUCGCACUGAGUCACCUCCGUCCAGGCUUAGAGAUUCUGCGUCUAUCCCACAAUGUGUUGGAGGAGCAGAGGGUGUUGGGGAAGGCUUUCCGUGGUGUUUAUCAAACACUGGUAGAGCUGCACUUGGACAACAACAGGUUUGAAAUUGUGCCACGGAACAUACGUCACUUCAGAAGACUCCAGCUACUGCAUCUAGAUCACAACCGUAUAAGCUCUGUUCCAGUGAGGUCCCUAUGUAAGGUUAAAGGUACAGAGGAGUCUCACCUGUUGGAUGUCCAUUUAGAGUACAACUACAUUAAUGUAAAGAAAAUAGCUCGUACUGCUAUCUCAUGCAUCCAGGACCCUAAUAGGAUCUUUCUUGAGCCCCAGACCCCAAUAGUGUUAUAUUAAACUCCUGCAGUGUCAUUUCAGCCUUUAGUCGGCUGCUCCUUUCAUCCACUCAUAUCCUGUUAGAAUACUGUAAACACCAUGUCCAUUAGAUCUUAUAAUCUGCUAAUAGUAUCUUCUUUUAUCUUUGUAUUUGGUAACUUCAGCAACACUCCAUGGAUUCAUUAGGAAAGCUUUAAUCUUUGUAUUUUAUGCAGGUUUACAAAUGAUAUUUUAUUGACAUAUUCUCUGACUACUGUUUUCAUUGUUAAUAAUAGUAUCAGUAGAAUUUUUUAUAAUUCAUAGUUUCUUGUAAGUGAAGCUCACAUGAUUUUUCAUUAUUUCACAAUAUCUAUUACACUUGCAUCUACAAUAAUAUCAUGUAUCUUUACUAUUCUCAUAUGUCACAUUAAACCAGAUUAAUUUAUAAUACUUUAAUUUUUAAAAUCCUUGGCUUGUAUU